AUGAAAAAUUCUUCCCAUCGCUCACCCUCACUACUAGCCGGUCGUCCACCCACUGCUCAUCGCAAGUCACUUGUCAGUCGUCGCCUCCCGCUGUUCGCCAUCUCCCUCCAAGGGUCGCCAUGGGCCGCCGGCCACCGUCUCCUGUCGUUGGCCGCUCGCCUCCCGUCGCCGGUUGUCACUUGCCUCCUGUCGCUGCCCGACGCUAGCCUCCUCCAACCGCCAUCCUCCGCACUAGCCGUGUCACCAUCCGCCGCCGCCUCCCUUCACCAUCCACCACCUGUUGCCCCCGUCCGCCCUCCUCCCGCCGCCGCCGCCCCCCUCCCGCCGCCGACCGUUGCUCACCUCCUGCCGCUGCCCAACGCCGGCCUCCUCCAGCCACCGUCUUCUGCAUUGGCCACGUCGCCAUCUGCCGCUGCCUCCCCCCACCACCCGCCAUUCGCUACCACUGUCUGCCCCCGCCGUCGCCAUCCGCUCACCGUCCACUCGCCGGUCACCUGA